AACAAUAUAUCAGUGCAUUUUUUGAGGGAUUCGCCACCCCCACCCCCUUAAAUCCAGAAGAUCCGACAUUAAAAACACUUGGAUCUCCGGAGCCUUGAAAGGAGGCCAUUACGGGUUCAAAACAUGGAAGGAUGAUCUGUUUCUUUCCCUCAAUUGGAGAUCAAAUCACGGGUUUCCUUUCUCCAUUUGCAUCAAAUCACGGAGCUCACGCCAUGCCUUGGAUCCCACACUGCCUCUCUAAAGCGGGUGCCGUUGUGGUAUAAGCUUUCGGAGUCGCAGUCGGAAAGCAGUAUGAACACAUAUUACGCCGGUCAGUAAGGAUCCAAGCUGCGUUGUCCAGUGAAAAAGAAAAAAAAAGGUAGGCGACUGCAAGACGAGAACCGAGGAAGAAAGAAAGAGAGUUUGGACUUGUAACUCGUAACCAAGUGUGAGGCCAAAUUCUACUGUGGUACAUUCGGUCACAUCACUGCUGGAACUUGGCAGUGGCUUUUGGCUGAAUCUUGGAUAUAUAGAGAAGAAGAAAGUAAAAAGAGGGGGAGAGAGAGAUGGAGGAUGCUGCUAGAAACGAUCUCAUGCAGCAAUUCUAUAGAAAUCCUUCGCUAUCUAUCUCCAAGCCACCGCAGAAUCCUUCCGAAGGCCUGCGAAGCGGUGGGCCCUACCGCCACUUCGGCCCGGCUGUCAGCCCGGGGACCGGCCGCCGGCCCGGCAUUCCCCCCGCCUCCCCAUUCUCCCAUUUCCCUCCCUCCGCCGCCCGCUCGCCGCCGUCCCUCGCCGCUGGCGGUCCUUUCCACCAUUCGCGGUCUCUCUCUCAGCCGGCUUUCUUCUCUCUCGAUUCCCUGCCUCCUCUGAGCCCGCCUCCGUGCCGGGAUUCCACGCCGACCACCUCCCUCUCCGACUCGAUGUCCGCCGAUGUCUCCAUGGAGGACCAUGACGCCAGUUCCCUCUCCCCGCCGCUCCCCCCGAAGGCCGGUGGCGCCUCCCGGGCGGCCGGGGCCGGCCUGCCUCCCUAUAAGGCCCACCGCCGCUCGCAGAGCGAGAUCCCCUUUGCGUUCUUCCAGUCUUCACCCCCACCGGCGCACGCCCCGCCGCCGGCGCCGCUGCAGGUGGUGAAGCUGGAGUCCGACUGGGAUCGGCGUUUGGAUGGUAUGAGUGCCGACGGAGUCGGUGAGAAGAAGGUGGAAGCGGAUUCGGGCGAUGAUUUCUUCAAUGCCUAUAUGAAUUUGGAGAGUUUGGAUACUCUGAACUCUUCGGAGGAGAAGCGCGGGGAUUUGGAUAGCAGGGCAAGUGGAACGAAGACGAACGGCGCCGAUAGCAGCGAGAAUGAAGCUGAGAGCUGUGUGAAUGAAGGUGGUGGCAGCGGUGUCAAAUUGUGGCCGAACCAUAGCCCGUUGGUGCAGAAGAGGGAAGGGGCCAAGCGGAGCGCGGCGGGCAAUCCAGGUCCCAUUGGAAUGACUACUCGGCACUGCAGGAGCCUUUCGAUGGAUAGUUGCAUGGGCAGGUUGAAUUUUGGCGAGGUGUCGCCCAAGAAGCCACCUUCCCCAGGAUUCCUGGCAGCUCAAACCCCGCAAGCCAAUUCAAAGGAUGGAGCAUCGAACAUGUUUAGCUUAGAGUUUGGAAAUGGGGAGUUUAGUCCUGCCGAGAUGAAGAAGAUCAUGGCGAAUGAAAAGCUUUUGGAGAUGGCAUCGAUGGAUCCAAAGCGCGUCAAGAGGAUUUUGGCAAACCGGCAGUCAGCUGCACGUUCUAAGGAACGCAAGAUGAAGUAUAUUGCAGAAUUGGAGCGCAAGGUGCAGACCUUGCAAACAGAGGCAACCACAUUAUCAGCACAGCUGACUUUGCUACAGAGGGACUCGGCUGGACUUACAAGUCAGAACAAUGAGUUGAAGUUCCGGCUUCAAGCUAUGGAGCAGCAGGCGCAAUUAAGAGAUGCAUUAAACGAGGCACUGACUGCGGAAGUUCAGCGACUGAAACUUGCUACUGGAGAGCUGGUUAAUGGCCGUGCAUCAAACAGCUUGAAUCAGCAAAUACCAAUCAACCCUCAAAUGUUUCAGCAGCAGCAGCAGCAACCUGCACAGCUCCCUCUCUAUCAAUUUCAGCAGCAGCAGCAGAACAAUGCUGGCAUGCAUCAGGAAGCAAAAAAAUAAUUUAGAGGUGCACUAAAAGAUAUAAGGCUGAAAUUAGUGAAAGUUUCAUCUAGAUGUUCUUUCCACCAUUUUAGGUAAAUGAAGUAAAAUUCCACCAUUUGUUAAUCCAGUUAAAGAGGAGGUCGUAUGCAAUUUGUCAUGCUUAGAUAUUCUUUCAGACAUUUGCCAUCUUAUUUAUUUGUUGGAUUUUCAUAUGAAUAUAAGUAUUUUUUUUAUCUUUGUAAUUAUAAUAUUUGUUACAUAUGUCGUGGAUGAAAGAACUUGGAGAAAAAUGUUCUUGAUGACUUUUUUUUCAGUUAUAUGAUUUGUUUAUCUUUCAACAA